AUCCAUUUCGCCAAAGAAAUCUAAGACUACCUGAACACUCGUUCAAGUGGCUGUAGCUGUUUACGGUCUGCGAUCAGUCACACUUCAGAUUACCGGAAAUGUGUUCGUUGCUUUACUCAAACGUAAUGUCGUAUUAGUUUAUUAUCAACACAAAAUUUUAAGAUAAAGAACAAUUAAUAGUGAAUUACUAAGUGUAAGAAGGAUUGCAUUCUUCUGGUACAGUUUUUUCAACAAGUUUUCAACAUUGGAUAUGCCGCAUACUGGUCAAGCCGGUGUUAAUCAAUUGGGUGGAGUUUUCGUUAAUGGUCGUCCUUUACCAGAUUAUGUCAGAAGGCGAAUCGUUCAGUUAGCUCUGCUAGGCGUACGUCCAUGUGAUAUAUCCAGACAACUUCUAGUUUCCCAUGGAUGUGUUUCGAAAAUAUUGACGAGAUUUUAUGAAACGGGCUCAAUACGUCCUGGAUCAAUUGGUGGCGCUGGUUUACAGAAAAAUAAGUUUAAUCAUGGUAAUUUUUCAAAAAAAAAUCCAAAAUGUAAACAAGAUGCUAUAAACCGAACCCUUGGAUCGUCCAAUAUGCAAUCGAUGGUACAAAAUAUUCCUUGGAUGCAUCCUUUUGAUUUGUACUAUGAUCGAAUUCAUCAACACCAUCAAAAUGAUCAAAUAUUAAGCUCGUUAGUAGAUUCGUCUACAAGUAAACCGGCGCAAGGAUUGAAAAAACAAAGAACUCCUUACACCAUAGAAGAAAUAUUGAAACCAACAACACCACAGCAUAAGAAUCCUUCACCGUGUCGAUUAGUGACUGACGGUGUUUGCACAUGUGGUCUUUCCAGUAAUAUUGUUUCAACAGCAUUCUAUGUAGGCGUUCAGCAGCAAUCUAUGUGUUAUCAACAUAGGUUUUAAUUAAAUGUUACUUAUUGUGACCACGUUGUACAUCAGUUGUAUCAAAUGUAUGAUCUAGUUUAAACUUUAAAUUAGUAAAAAAUAUUGUUAUUGUAUUACUACUAUUAUUAUACGUGUGUUAAUGUGUGUGUAU